UUCUAUCUAUAAUUGAUCUAAUUAUUUAAUAAAAAUCAAAGAAUUGUAUUUUUAAACAAUCAAAAUAAAAAGUUAACAAGCCAAUAAACUAGUUCAGAUUUCAUUUUUAAGACGAGCAUGAGCCAAUAUAAUGAUUCCCAUGAUAAAAACGUUUUAGAAUUACCUUUAAUAAAUUAGUCCUCUGAUAUAGUGAACGAUUAAGACAGCGUACCCCUUGAACCAUAGCAUAUUAAUAUAUCAAACUACUAGCAAAGAUUCGAAAUAAACAGAUAAAAGUAAAACUAAAAAAGUAACCCCUCCUCUCCUCCAUAAAUAUAACAAUAAGGAAAUACUCAACAGAAUCUCCUAUUAACAAAUAAUAACACAAACUAAAUUAUCAGCAAUCCUCCUCUUCAAGGACCUUUGAUGCAACCUAAUCCCAACUUCAAUUAAACUAAAGAAAUAUAUAUAGGCAACGCAUAGUAGAGCUAUAAUAUGUAAUAGUAAUAAAUACAAAUGUAAUAGUAAUAAUUUGUGCCAUAACAGCAAAUGUAGCCAGGAUUUUUCAAUCCUUAAAUACAUCCAAAUCAAAUAAAUAUGAUGCAACCUUCAAACUAAAUGCUAAUCAAUUAAUAGCAUGUACUCCCUUAAAUACAACUAACUCCUGAAGAAAUAGCUAGAAGAUAGAAAAGAUUAGAUUUCAAAAAUAAAUUUUAGCGUUAAAUACCUGAAGAAAACCCUGAUAAUUUAAAAGUUGAAGGCGGAUAUUAAAAAAUUCUUUACAACUGUGGUAAUUGUUGUGGUUGUUGUGGUCAAUAUUGUCCCUGUUUUUGUUGUUCUAAUCCUAUGAUCUUAGUAGAUAACUCGUUUAGGGGUAUCUAUGAAAGAUUUGGUAAAUACGUUAAAAAUGUGGAUGCAGGCUUACAUUUUGUUAACCCUUGCACUGAUUAAUUAAUUAAGAUAGAUAUGAAAACUCAAAAUAUCGACUUAGGUAUGUAACAAUCAUUAACUUAAGAUAACAUUUUGUUAUUUAUCCACGGUGUUGUCUAAUAUCGUAUUCUUGAUUGUAGAAAAGCUUACUAUUCUAUUGAUAAUAUUGACUUCAGUGUAAAAGAAUUGUCAAUUUGUGCAUUACGUUCCACUAUUAGUUAGUUUAAAUAUUAAGAACUUCUUGAUAAUAGAGAUUUAUUUAGAAAAAAAAUGGAAGAGUUUGUUGAAGAGUAUAUCCAUGACUGGGGUAUCGAUGUUGAAUAAAUUAUUAUUAAAGAUAUGAACAUGGAUUAAAAUAUUUCAUAAUAACUUGCUUCAGCUGCAAAGGAAGUUCGUUUAGCAUAGGCUAAAAUUUAAAAUGCUAAAGCCGACGUUGCUGCUGCAGAAGAACAAAGAAAGGCUGCAGAUUAGCUUGCUUCAAAGGCAGCCAUGCAAAUUCGUUAUUUGAGCACUCUUGAAAGAAUAGCCUCUAAAAGUAAGGUAGUCUUCUUAGCCGAACAUUGA